AUGAUAGAAAAUCUUGCAGCAAAAUUAUGUUUACUUCUGCCGGAAAAAGCGCACUCAGGUAAUUGUUACAAUUCUUAAAUUAUGAUACAGCUGUUUAUAAAAUUUCUUUUGUAAAAUUUUUAAAAAAUUGUGUAUAAGAUCUACAUAAAAAGUUACAAUGUAAAUUUGUAUAUAUUUGUAUAUACGUUGUAAUAUGGUGACAAUAAAAUAUCUAUAAAAUAAAAAUUUGUCUUUUAGCCGAACAAUGGAAAUUACUGGGUCAAGAGAAAGAUGGAUCUCUAUUAGUUGGAUGGACAGAAGAGGCUGUAAAAGACGAUGUAAACGUAUCAUAUACGGUUGUAGGCCACUACAACCGGAUUAAUGAUAAGUUACAGGUAUUACACCAAUUCUCAGAAGUACUAAAUAUUGUACAAGCAACAAUAAAUCAAAAUCGUACCGUUUUUGGAUAUGUAACAAAACAAAAAGUUCCUGUAGAAGCAAAUGCAAAUUCAGAGUCUACAGAAGAUAAAGAUCAGAAUAUAUCAGUUGAAAUUGAAAUGUAUGAAGCAUCUAUUGUUGAAUUAAAAGGACAAGAAGUAAAAAUACAUACUUUGGAUACAAAGAAAUCUAAACAAGUGAGAAUUCAAUUUUUAUAUAAGGAAAAAGAACAUGGACAAUGGGAUAAAUUUUUAUUAUUAAUCCAUCAAGAAUUUAAAAUCUGAAUCAUUAGUUAAAGCAUUUAUUUGGGCUCAGUGGGACAUGAUAAAUCAGGUUUUAUAUCAUAUACACCAUAAAAAAUUUCCACUAAGUUUAGUUUCUGAAGAUGAGGAAGAGAAAGAGAAUAAAUCAGAAAGAACUAAUCCAACACUUAGCGGUCUUCAAUUUCAUGAUGAAUUACCACAUGAGACAGUGCUAAAUAUACCAUUGAAUUUACCUCAAUUAUCAACUUCUUCCAACUGUGGAACUUAUGAGGAUGAUGUUAUACCUUUAAGGGUUCAUGAUUGUUCAUUAGAUCUUAUUGUAGUUUCUGACUCUAAAGGAAUGGUCUGUGUUUGUCAUCAUUACUUAUAUCGUCCAGUAAAACCACAGCAGCAUAUACUUAAUUCAUUGAGUGAAUCUAAUACAGUACACUUUGCAUAUUCUGUAACGCUUCUUCAUCACAGCUGUGUGAUCCAUUGUGUUAUACCGGGCAUACCAUGGUCUCAUGCUAAACUUAUACGACCAACGUUUGCAAUAUAUGAACAUCAUCACAUGAUUGUUCUUGUACCAGGAUUGUUUACUCAUCUUCUGGAAAUUGGAACGAAUCAUGAACCAUGUUGCCACAUAUUAUGUGGUCCUCUAACUUCUAUUCCAUCUCGUUCUUCUUAUUUGGUACCAUUGCUUGAAUUAGAAACUAACGCCAAAGGAAGCAAAAAGAAGUAUGACAUAGCUUCUUUAGAAGGAAGCAAUACAUCUCAAUAUAAUAUGAACAUACUAACAAUAGACUUACCAACACUGGAUUUAGUACAAUUAACAAUUUCAUCUGAUUUCCUUACCGAAGUAUUUCGCAAAGAAAAUUCGACAGAAGUACGCUUAGGCAUACUUCAUUAUUUUCUUUGUCAUAGAAACGAUCUGGAUAUUAUUUCAGAAUUAGUAUGUACGAUUGCAGAGAAACCUAGAUCAUUAGAAUUCGUACGGUAUAUGCAAGAAAUUCUUAUUGGUGGUUCAUAUGCUUUAGUACAAAAAAAUUUAUUAGCAGAUGCUAUACCUUUAUUGGCUUUGCUGCCUGUUACGACCAUGGAAGAAUACAUAAGUUUUGAGAUCAGAGUGAAUGAUUUAAGUAUAACAUUGAGUCACGAGAAGCUUUGGAAUACAUCGGUAAUGUUACUUUCACCACAACAAAGGUUGAUUCCUUAUCGCAGUGACUUGUGGACUCGAUUGUGGGAUCAACUUAGCAAAAAUAAUAGUGAUAAAAUAAGAUUCAAGCCAAGCAAAAUCGCAGAAAAGUUAUUAGUUUCUUUAGCAUGUUAUCAACCUGAAGCAUUAUCCAGGUCCAGUACUCCAAUGUCUCCAAGUGGAGGGCUAGUUGUGGCUACAGUAUCACUUGGAGACUUAACAAGUGGCCGUAGUAAUAAACUCAUGGAUUCCAAUUUGCCAUUUAAUGAAACAGAAAGUUGUACUGCGUCUAAGCAGGAGCAUAUUGUAUCUGUAAAUUUACGGGAAUUGUCCGUAUAUCUAUUAAAACAUGGUACCCAGACAUCAAUAACGCAUUUUAAGGGAUUGUGUACUCCUUUGCACGUUCACGCAAUGGCAACUAGACAUGUGGCAGCGCAAUUAGAGACAUCGCGGGCUCUUUGUCAAAUGUUAUGUCGAGCGGCUAGUGUCGAUCCACGAAUUGAACAAGAACGUGGCUUUAUUCUUGUGGAUCAAUUAGACGAAGUAAGACGGUGGUUAUUGUUCGUAUUGUUGGAGCGCUAUAGACGUGCAAUAGAAAGCAUAGCAUUCCCAGCACCACAGGGGUUUACAUCGUUUUUUACUUAUCUUGGAUAUAGAACCUUAAAGUAUUCAAUGUUUUUACAAUAUGUACAACGAUCAGUGUUCGAAUUACAAGUCGAUGUUAGCAAAAUUAUUAUGGCUGAUAUUAGUGAUACAAAAGAAAAUGCCAUUCGUAAAUUAACUUUAUUGUCUUUGCUACCCAAAUCACGCGCGAAAAGACUUUUAAAUCAAUGGUUACACCCUGUAAGUUUUAUGAUAAGAGCUCGUGAACAUGCUGCAAAUAUUUUAUCUGGUGAAGUGUGUCAAAACCGUGGUAGGACGUUACAAUACAGAAAUCAUCAUAAUGGUAAGAGUAAAUAAUUAAUCUAGAAUACAUAAUAUUAAUAAAAAAUAAAAAAUCAAAUAUUUUCAACUAUUUCUUAUCAUAUAAACUGUAUGCAGGUUUAGCGGCAUUUCCUUCGGCUGAUCGUUUAUCUCCAUUAGAUACAUUCCUUGAUCUUCUUACAGCUAAAGGUACGAAAAUAUUACUAUUACUGGACUGUACAAAUUUUAAAUUAAAUUAAUUUUAUUUUACAGCUAGUCUAGCCGAGUUAGAUUUUGGUUUGCUUAUAGAAGCUACAGUAACAUCUACAGAAGAUUUUUUGUAGAUAAAUAUAUUUUAAUUUCCUAGAAUUAUGAACACUCGAAAGAGUAAUGCAAAUAGUCAUCCGAACGUGCGAAGUGCCAUUAAUAUCUUCCAAAGUAUUUAGUAUUUAUGAGUAUAUAGUUUCAGUCACAUUUCAUAAAUUCCUAUGUUUCUGUUUUUGGAAAUUUUAGUCAGGGUAGGUAUUAGAUAAAGUAUGAUAAUGUAUGCCUUAUAUACUUAAAUAAUUUAAUAUGCUCAUGUCUUAAUUUAUAUUAUUUUACAGUUGGAUAG